UGAUUAUUGUAGGAAGCGUCCGAACUGGGGGCCCCAGUCUGUGGCGCGAAUCGUCGAACACCGGCGCCAGAGAGUAGCGAGACGGGCGGGAGUCGGCCGGUGAAUAUGGUGUUGUCGCUCUCGCUCCUAUGACAGUGGCCCUCUAAGCUUUAACACGACAUGUUAAAGCACAUUAAGCGCGAUUAGCGUGUUAAAGUGUACAAGUGUUUCGCGGUAUUUUUAUACUGGCAGAAAGGCUCCUUCCAGCUACAUGUACGUGGCUUUAAUGCGGUGUGAAAACUUAAUGCUGUUUUCAAGUUGGACUGUUAAUUAUUAAACCGGCUAUAACUCUGCAUUGUUAUAUUUUAGGGAGGGAAUAGUAGUAUUUAUUUGCGGUCGUGGCUUUGUUCUCUUCUUGCGUGAGUAGAUGUCGUUUAGGAAGGCGACUCGGUCCGUCCACGGUCCCGGAAAGCGACCAGCCCGGCAGAGGAAGCCGCCCAGACCGAAGCAGGACUGGGUGGUAUGUUUGUAUGCCUGUGGCAUGCGGGUUACGGGCUGCCGUCCCGUGAUUACUUGAACGUCAGUUUUCCUUGUCCCAUUUGGUCCUUCUGGUUGCUUUUGACGGAUUGGUGUAAAUGAUCAUGUUGUUAAAUAUGUAGUGCAAUGUUUGCGUCUCUGACCUGAAGGUUUCACUUUAACUGCUGCUGUCUGCUUUGCUGUGAUGUUUUCCUCUGAUUUAGACACAUUCUCAGUCACAGCGUGUUGAUUAGAUGUGUUGUUUCUGAUCAGAGCACCGUCCAUGACCUCACUGUUCACCAGGCCACACCUGAAGAUCUGUCCCGACGCCAUGAGCUGCAUCGCUCCAAAAACCAGGAGUCAGUGCAGCGGGAGGUCAGGCAGAGGGUGCUUAAGACCAGUGCGUUGUCGUCACAUGACCAGCAUUUACGUUGCGUCUCAUCUCCAUCAUGUCAAAAAGGCGAGCUCUGAGCAGAACCAGCUGCGGGAUGUUCUGGCCCAGUCCGAUCACAUGAUGGCGAUGGUGAAGGAUUUAUUUGGGGAUGCUCCUCACAGGCAGACUGGUACCCUUCAAUCCUGGUGCUUUGGAUUCCCACCCCUCCGGUUCUGCUCUGACCCCAUCCCCUACUGGCUCUCAGGGUUCCCAAGUGUGACCAUGGCACUGGACCGCGAGCCUGUCUCCAAGCCGGUGCUGUUACUGGAUCCGUCAGGAGCAGGAGUCCAUGGACUGGAGCCACUGUCCCGUGAUGUGGCUGUGAGCAGGUGUCCUGUCCAAGAUCGGUGUCAUGGACGACCUCUCAGUCCUAAUGCCCCGGAUGUGCCUCUCCGCUGCCCCCAGAGCCCCUCUGUGCCCCAGUGUGCCCUCAAUGCCACCCCUGUGGUCCAGAAGCUGCUGCCGCAUGUUCCCCUGGACAAGGAUGACCCCCCUGCUGCCCUGAUGUCACAUGUAUUGAAUGUGGGGCCUGUUUUUCCAAAGCCAGGGAAGAGGAUCAGCAGGGGGCAGUGUGCCAACUUCUCCAGGCUGAGCAGCUCAGACUUGCACUCCUCAAGUGGAGGCUGCUCCAGUCUGGAGGUGCUGCAGGCCAAGUUGAUGAAGAUGGGACUGCAGCUGGACUCCUUGGGCCCUAAUGCUGCUCCACAGGCUUCUGAGGACCAGCAAGGGGAUGCCACCCUCAGUGGAUUCUCCACAGCGCUGGUGGCCAUCUUGGGCCGCCUAGUCCAACACCUCUGCAGGAGCCAUGAGGAGGUGCAGAAGGAGGUUACAGUGAGGAGGCAUCUAGAAGAGCAGCUCAGAGAGCAACAGCAGCUGAUUGAUGCUCUCACUGCAGAAUCUCUCCUGCUUCAUCAGGACAACACUGAUCUGCAGAAGCAUGUGAAAGAUCUGGACAAGCGGCUGGAUGCACUGCUGCUGGCACUGGGAGAACUGGGUGGACUGGGGCCUGAAGCUGAGCCCAGAGCUUGUCUCCAUGGCUGUGAAGACACCUGCACAGAUGCGCACAGAUUGCAGUUGAGCAGUGCUGUGUCUCCUGAGAAGGACCUGGGAGAGGUGCCAUCUCCCUUCCCAGCAGUGCUGCUUUCGCCCCCCCGCCAGACUGACAGCUGCCCCUCCCAAACUGAAGUGGCAAGAGGUGAGCUGCUGCAGUACCAGGCCACAUCCAGUGGGGGGCAUGAGGAGGUAGUGGAAUAUGAUGAGUCCACAGCUUCCAGCUGCUCAUUCAUGAGCUUGCCUUGCCAUGGCUUCACCCAUAGCUCCACCUCCAAGCUGGACCCGGCACCCCUGCAGCUCAGGCAGGCGUCACAGAAGAAUCCGCUGAUCUCAGCCCCAAGUGUGGCUGGUAGGACUGCACAGCGCCCAGCACAGGAGGGACACUCUGUGGAACAGCAGCUCCUGGAGUUGAAUAGGCGCAGUGUGGAGGCACGAAGCAGACUGCUCUCACUCAUUGAGGAACAGAGGCAGGCCAUCGGGGGUGGGGUUUCUCCCUGCAUCUCUCCCAUCCCCUCUGCGAGGCCCCCUGGGGUGUCCACCUUGCUGCCUGUGUGUGAAGCAGAGCCCUAGGCUCUCCAGGAGGAUGGGGCAGGCUGGGUCACCAGGCAAUGCCACGCUGUAGAGGACGACCCUGCUGGUUUGAUGACCCCAGGACCAUGUUCAUAGCAUUUACUGUGAAGUCAUAAUUAAAUGUUUUAUUGGCAAA